AUGUUUAUAUCGUUCACAAUAGACAAUUUAAUCAACGGUCUUGGUGUUCUAAUUAUAGCUCAAAUACGUGAAUUAGCCUAUCAAACAUUUGAAAUAUUUAAAAAAUUCGUCAGUAUAAUGAUUUUUCAACCGGACGCAUUAUCAAUGGAAAGGUCAGGGUUAAUUUACGCCGAAGUGUAUUAUUGUUUUGAAGCAAAUCUCCCUUCUCGACCAACACCGUUAGCAUCCUAUUCUAAAAAUUAUUCAUGA